UGUGCUGCUGACUCUCUCGAGCCUCUCGUGCCUGCGUGAUGGGCCAGUGGUAGCGCGCUCGUAUACCGGACGAGUUGUAUAUGCUUUGGCAGAUACAUACACGUUAAAAUAUCGUGAUUAGAUAGAUAAAUAAAGUAUACCUGUGCGCGCCCGAUGGCAUGUAUUAGACGCGUUGCUGCGCUUCGUACGAAUACCUCGGAGAGUGCCAAGAGUGCGAGUAGUGUGUGCAGUUGGCCCGAUGUUGUUUCGUUGAAAAAUUAGAGUUUCCUCGUUGUUGUCGUUGGUAAACGAGCCCACGUACCUCGACUUGUCAAGUGUACCGACAGUAUCUCCUCUGCAGAGGCUGAGUCACGACGACGACGACGACGACGACGACGACAGUGGCAUACAUAACCGUUACAAAGAGUACUCAGUAGGAGAAGGUGUAUGUGUGUGUGAAUGAGUGAGUGAGUGAGCAAACCCGUCCGUGUACAUGUAUGCACGUAUGAGUGCUUAUCGCGUGGAGGAGGUAAAAAGGAUCAGUGGACAGCAGCAGCAGCAGCAGCCGAGGAGGACACCGUGUACAUAAGUGGAGUCUCGGCCUGGUAGUAGUCGUAGUAGCAGCAGUAAAGAGGUGGUGGAUGGUGUGAGGCUGAGGCAGGUCGCGCGCAAACGACGACGAGGCGAACGAUGGUGAGCUCACGCUCGCCUCACGAUUUCAUGCCGGCAGCAGCGCAACAGCAGCCCACAUCGACGUCGAGCGUCGAGUCCUCCUCCUCCUCCUCCUCCGCUCUGCAGCUAACGACCAACAACAGUGUCGAUUCGACCUCCUUCGACAAUGGCAAUUUGGAUGGCCAGCGGAAUGUUUCGUCGACGUGGGGCAUAACGCACAGCGAGCCCAGUUCACUGAACGCAGCCCCGGACUCGAGCAGCAGCAGCGGCAGCAGCGUCAGCACGACGACGGCCACGACCAAUGAGCAGAGAAAUCAGCGAAUCCGCACCAACGUAGUGCAGGUGGGCAAUCUCGCGGCCGACGACGAGGAGCGCUUCGAGGCUUUCGGCGAUGCCGUCGACGCGAUAGAGGCCGACUCGCCGCAGGGUAGCGAAUCGCCCGCCGCGUCGCCGGUCGCCGGUGCCUUCAGCAGCAGCAACAACAGAAAUCCGCGGAGUCCGAACUCAAUGCUACUGAACAGAAACACGUGGCUCAGAACUUCGCUCGGACGCGGGCCAGCUGCUGCUAGCAGGAAGCGGCUGAGUUCCAAUGCCUUAGCUAGUCAAUUAUACAGAAGCAGCAGCUUCAACAGUUCGGGCAGGGGAUCGAUUUGCGACGCGGCCGACGACGUAUACAGCGACGUCUCCCUCGAGGACGAUGUCAUCGACCUGAAUCACCGAGUUCAAAUGAUCCAGGAACAGAUGAGCGUACUCGUCGACACGCAGUCAGCCGGCGAGGAGAGGUACGCCCGGGUGAAGCAGGAAAAUGCCACGCUACAAGCCAGAAUACUCAUGCUCGAGGAGGCUAAUCGCGAGGUCGAGACCAGAGCUGAGGAAAGACUCGAGACGGAGCAGCGACGCCAUCGAGAAUGGGCCAGUCGCAUGGAGCGCGAGCGCGAGCUGCAGCUGGAGAACGCGGCGAUCAAGCUGCAGUCGGUCGAGCUCGAAGCCACGAGGGCGCGCGACGAGACGCUGCGACUGCGCGAGCAGCUGGACAAGGCGCGAGCCGAAAAGUCGCGGCUGGAGACGAGCCUCGAGGAGGCGAAACUCGACGCCGACCGGGCCAAGGAGGCCGAGAGACGAGCCGUGCUAGGUCUCGCCGAGGCCAAUCGCGCCCUCAAGCAUGCCGAGGAGGAGCUGGCGCUGCGAGUCGAGCACGAGAGGAGAAUCGAGGACAUGACGAACGAGCUCGCCAAUCUUAGGAUAAGAAAUAAGAAUUUAGAAGAAUCUCGCGAUGAGUUGCAAGCCGCUGCAGCUGCGCUUCAAGCAGGCCGGGAAUUAUUGUUGCCAGGCGCACAGGAUCCCAAUGACAAUAUGAUUAAUCGAAAAAAGAGCCCGAGUCUUGCCGCUGAAUUACUGCUGACCGGGUCCGCCCACGAUCAAGCCGAUGGUACAGAUACCGGCAAAACUGGAAGUUCCGAUAUUUGCGAUAAUUUCACCACGUUGGCUGAAGCUAAACAGGCUUUGAAAGAGCAGCGUGAAGUGAAUACCAGGCUGCGCUCGUACAUCGACAACAUACUGCUGAACAUCGUCGAAAAUUAUCCGCAACUAUUAGAAGUAAAGCAGCCACACUGACGCAGGAUUGUCGUUCCGUCCUUUCCGGCGUUGCACUUACCGAACCUCGUGAACGGCGGCGCCGAAAGACGGAACAUCGUCAAAAAAUUAUCCGUAACGAAAAAACCGGUCCACGUGAUAAUGGCCACGAAAACUGAUCAUAGCUGCGGUCAUAACCACGAUGAGAACGACUGCCUGGGCUGUCCGCCUCAGAGUCGUUAUUAGUUAUUAACAAAAGUGAAUUAAUAAAAAUGAGGCAUAAAAACUAAUUCAUAUUAGUUUUGUUAGUUCAGUGGAGUAUACAUAAAGUAGCCGACAACUGUGAUGGGACACGAACAGGAGCUUCGUAAUUUUAUUGUACAUACUGCAAUUUUAAUUAAGCAUUACUGAUAUUAAUGUUUUAUCGUAAGCGUCCAAUAAAAAAGUUCUAUUUUUCAACAGA